CGAAGCAUAACAAACAGCUCCCCCGAGGGAGGGCCAGAUCACAGGGCGGAGGUGGGAUAGGGAGCAGACCCUGGGAACCCCCAUCGCCACUGGGGUUGCUCGGGUCUCUUGGGUCCCCAGCGAGGACUGAGAGGCAGAGAGGGCCCUGAAGGGGGUGGGGGGGGGUGGCAGGGGAGUUAACAGGGUUGGAAGAUGGGGGCGGGCCCUCCUGUUCCUGGAUCCUGCUCCAGGCCCUUUCUCCCAUCUCCUCCCCCGCCUCCCGGGCCCCGCCCCCUUCCUCUCGCCCUCCACCCCCACCCCCCCUUUUAAGAGCAGCCGGCUGCUGCCUCUCCAGUCUAUCAUCAUCCCAGGGGGGCUACUGCCGGGGAUGGCAGCUCAGCGGCUCGGCAAGCGGGUCCUGAGCAAGCUGCAGUCACCCUCCCGGGCCGGGGGCAGUGCUGGUGGUAGCCCUGGGGGUCUGCAGAAGCGACACGCCCGAGUCACGGUCAAGUACGACCGGCGGGAGCUACAGAGGCGGCUGGACGUAGAAAAGUGGAUCGACGGACGCCUGGAGGAACUGUACCAGGGCCGGGAGGAAGACAUGCCUGAUGAGGUCAACAUUGAUGAGUUAUUGGAACUAGAGAGUGAAGAGGAGAGAAGCAAAAAAAUUCAGGGAAUCUUGAAGGCCUGCAGGAACCCCACAGAGGAUUUUGCCAGGGAGCUGCUCCUGAAACUCCGGGGGCUUCACAAGCAGCCUGGUGUUCCCCGGGGCAGUCCCUCAGAUGAUUCGGAUGGGGGGGGCAUGAGCCCAGUCCAGGAUCAAGCCAGAACUGCCCCUCGCUGACUGCCCCCUUUCCCUUUGAUACCCUGGAGAAAGGGUGGCUUCCUGUGUCCAUAUGGGCCACCCUGGACCCCACCUCUGCCUGGGACUAUGUUUAUAAAUUGUAUUUUAUGUUGUUUUAAAAGGAAAAA